AUGCUGCUAUUAGCGGCUAAUGUGUUCAAAUUAUGGAUAACAUUAUUACGCUUUUUUAUUGUACCAUUAAUGACAUCAGCAACAAUAUAUAAUAUUAGCUGGAUAUCAACAAAUCCAUUAUUUUCAUCGGGACGCAACAAUAUUCCAUCAUUUAUGGAAAAUUUAAAAGUGAAUGAUAGGAUACGCUUUAGCUGUUCAACAAAUGGUACUGAACAAACAGCUAUUCACAGAGUAAAUGAACGCGGAGCACUUAAUUGCCGUGGCCCAGCAAAAUUUAUAAAUUCAUUAAUUGGUACAUGUAUGAAAGCAAAUGAUUCAGUUAUCAUUCGUUUACGUGAAAUACCAAUGCUACCAAAUGAAAUGACAUAUAAACCAGAUCAUGAUUACUUUUUUAUAACAACAUCAACAGGUGACAAAGACGGCUUAGAAAAUGAUGAAGGAGGCCUUUGUCGAACAGAAAAUAUGCGAUUGAAAAUUCGAGUGGAAUCAAAAUGGACAAGAAUAAGCCAAAAAAUUCCAGAAUUUACUGCUAAAAGUGGACCAGUAAUGGUGAUUCCAGUGAAUUCUGGUCAGUAUGCUGUUCCUGUUGUUUAUAUCCCAGUAACUCAAUCUAAUGAAGGUGAUAAAAAGAGACUAAUGUUUCCGUAUCAUUCGUAUUUUGCAAAUGGACAAUUUCAAGCGACAAACUCAAAUUUGGAAGAUUUAGGAUCUCAAGAAGAAAAGUUUGAUGCUAGUGAUCGGCCGAAAAUUUCCAAACAUGUGUCAUUUGCAAUAAGUUCAAAUGGAUAUAUUGCACCAAAAUUUCUUAAAGAGAAAGAAAAAGACCUUGAUUUUGAAAUAGAAUAUAUGGAUUCAGCUACUAGAAGAUUAUAUGAAAAAUUUGGAAAUGUAGAAAAUACAAUUAUCAUUAGCAGCUGUAUCGCGAUCGCAAAUGUUCUUAUAUAA